CUGUCACAGUGUUCAGGACUCAUUGCUGAGCUCCAAUAGCCGCUUUACCAACUACAGAGGAAUUCUCAACUGGAUAGUGAUUCUUCUGACCUUGACCUAUGCCCACCUGUUUCUGGAGAACUUCAUACAGCAUGGCUUUCUGAUUGACUUAAAGAAAGCUGUGGAAUUCCUGAUCGGGGACCACUACUGGCCAUAUAUGUACCUGAUCUUGGCUGCCAACAUGUUUCCUAUUGUGUCUAUGAUUCUGGAAAAGAGCCAGGAAAAGGGAAUCCUUUCUUCUUCGUUGGCAUACUGGCUUCACAUGGGAAACCUUGUGCUUCUGUCUGUUUUCCCCACCUUCAUUAUUCUCCAUUAUGAAACAUCUUUAUCUACAGGUGGAGCUCUUCUGUCGCUUUUCACCUACACUAUACUCUGGCUGAAGCUCUACUCCUAUCAGCAGGUCAGCAGCUGGUACCGUAAGAGGGAAUGCACAAAGGACGGAUCAAAACAUGUAAUUCCUCAGGAAAGUGAAAUCACUCUCUGUGAUCUCUACUAUUUCCUUCUGGCUCCCACUCUGUGUUACCAGAGGGACUUCCCUCAAACACCUAGGGUCCGUAUAAAUGUUGUGUUCCAAAGCUUGGUGGAAAUGAUGGUCCUCACCCAGCUCAUAGUGGGAAUCAUGCAGCAGUGGAUUGACCCCAUAUUCCAGCGGUCAAAAAAGACUUUUGUUGAUAUGGAAAUAGCUGCAAGGAUUGAGCACCUUGUGGAGUUGGCGACUCCCACCCAUUUCCUGUGGCUGAUGUUCUUCUUCCUUUUUUCACACUCCUAUCUGAACUUCAUAGCCGAACUCCUGCGCUUUGGUGACCGGCAAUUCUAUGGUGACUGGUGGAAUGCUGACACACUUGGCAGUUUGUGGAGAAAUUGGAAUGUUCCUUUCCAAAGGUGGAUUCAAAGACAUCUCUAUGAGCCAUUUCUAAAGAGGAAAUUCUCUGCAAAACAGGCCGACAUACUGAUCUUCAUAGUAGUCUCUGGACUGUUGGAGUUUAAUAUUGCUCUGGCCCUACAACGGUGUCACUUAUGGCUGUUUCUCAACAUGAUGUUUGAGAGCUGUGAUGUCAUGGCAACUGCCAGUGUGAAUAGACCUGGCAGUGUCCAGUCCACCGAAAAAUCUCAGCUGACCUUGAAAGUUCUUUCUGCAAAGCCCCAGUCCCCCAAACUCCCCAACCGCCAUUCCCGCCUCAGCUCAUUUGUGGAGGUGACCGCUGACGGCCUGACCAGUGAGACCAAGAAGACGGGCAAGCGCACAGGCCACCUGGAACUCCAGUGGAAUGAGGACCUCACCCUGAAUGUGACACCUCAGAGUCGACUAGAUCUGAAGCUGUGGAGUUGCCACACCCUGAGGAAAGAGCUGCUGGGUAGCGCCACCAUUGACCUUUUGGACACCUUACGCAAUCAUGAUGGCAAAAUGGAGAAUCUGCAGCUCAGUCUAGUCCUGCAGACGGAGAACAAAGGCUCAGUUGUAGCAGGAGGCGAGCUGAACGUCUGUCUGGACGGCCUGGUUGUUGAUCUGGGAUCCUUGCCCAAUGGCAGCACAGCAACAGACAAGAUGUUGCCGUCAGACCGACCGAACCUACGCAGGACACAGAGUGAGGAGACGCCCAGCACAGCCAGCCCGCGUGGCAGGACCCACAGGCGCUCUCCGGGUGGUUCGAGGGGGACCUCUCCAGGUGGCCCCCGAGGGCCCCUCACUAAUGGGGAUGUGAACGGAGAGCAGAGCCCUGGGGCCGCCGGACGCCACCGCGCCUCCAAGAGCUCCCACAGCAGCCCUGGCAGCGCAGGUAAAGGUGAGCUGGCCCCUAACGGCCUGGAGAAUGGCCGCAGCAGUCUGGCCCGCCACACCCCCCCUCCGCCAUCCCCCACACUCAGGUCCGCCGCCCCCAGCAACAGCACCCCCGCUGGGCCAGACAGCGGAGCCGCACCCCCGGCCCCUGGAGAGACCGCCCCCUCAAACCCGGACCAGCCCACUCCUGCCAUGGAGCCCGUGAUGGAGUCGCUGCCAACAGGCUGGGAGCAGCGUGUUUUGCCCCACGGCAGGGUGUACUACGUGGACCACAACACAAAGACUACCACCUGGGAAAGACCCCUCCCACCAGGCUGGGAGAAGCGGGUGGACCAGCGCGGGCGCUACUACUACGUGGACCACAACACCCGCACCACCACCUGGCAGCGGCCCACAGCCGAGUCGGUGCGCAACUACGAGCAGUGGCAGUCGCAGCGCAGCCAGCUGCAGGCCAUGCACCAGUUCAGCCAGAGGUUCCUCUAUCAGCCAUCAGGAGCGCCUGUUGAAAAUGACCCGCUGGGCCCUCUACCUCCAGGCUGGGAGAAGCGGCAGGACAAUGGCAGAGUCUACUUCGUCAACCACAACACACGGACCACCCAGUGGGAGGACCCCCGAACCCAAGGGAUGAUCCAGGAGCCCCCCCUGCCCCCCGGCUGGGAGAUGAAGUACACAGCGGAGGGCGUGCGCUACUUUGUGGACCAUAACUCCCGCACCACCACCUUUAAAGACCCCCGACCGGGCUUUGAGUCUGGCUCCAGAGCAGGGGGCUCUCCAGGGGCCUAUGACCGCAGUUUCAGGUGGAAAUACCAUCAGUUCCGCUUCCUGUGCCAUUCCAAUGCCUUGCCAAGCCAUGUCAAAAUUUCCGUGUCCAGGCAGACACUCUUUGAGGACUCCUUUCAGCAGAUUAUGAACAUGAAGCCGUACGACCUGCGGCGGAGGCUCUACAUCAUCAUGAGGGGAGAAGAGGGCCUGGACUACGGCGGCAUCGCCAGAGAGUGGUUCUUCCUGCUCUCCCACGAGGUGCUCAAUCCCAUGUACUGUCUGUUUGAGUACGCCGGCAAGAACAACUACUGUCUGCAGAUCAACCCGGCCUCCUCCAUCAACCCUGACCACCUCACUUACUUCCGCUUCAUUGGGCGAUUCAUCGCCAUGGCACUGUACCAUGGCAAGUUCAUCGACACAGGCUUCACUCUGCCCUUCUACAAACGCAUGCUCAACAAGAAGCCCACCCUUAAGGACCUGGAGUCCAUAGACCCAGAGUUUUUUAACUCCAUCAUGUGGGUCAAAGACAACAAUCUGGAGGAGUGUGGAGUGGAGCUCUACUUUGCUCAGGACAUGGAGAUCUUAGGGAAGGUGUCCACACACCAGUUGAAGGACAACGGCGAGAAUGAACUCGUCACAGAAGAGAACAAGGAGGAGUACAUCAGGUUGCUGACUGACUGGCGCUUCAUGCGGGGGGUGGAGGAACAGACCAAGGCCUUCCUGGACGGCUUCAACGAGGUGGUGCCUCUGGAGUGGCUGCGCUACUUCGACGAGAAGGAGUUGGAGCUCAUGCUAUGCGGCAUGCAGGAGAUCGACCUCAGCGACUGGCAGAAGAACACCAUCUACCGCCACUACACCAAGAACAGCAAGCAGAUCAACUGGUUCUGGCAGGUGGUGAAGGAGAUGGACAACGAGAAGCGGAUCCGCCUGCUGCAGUUUGUGACGGGGACCUGCCGGCUGCCGGUGGGCGGCUUUAACGAGCUCAUAGGGAGUAAUGGUCCACAGAAGUUCUGCAUAGAUAAGGUGGGGAAGGAGACAUGGCUACCCAGAAGCCACACCUGCUUCAAUCGGCUGGACCUGCCCCCCUACAGGAAUCUAGAGCAGCUGCGCGAGAAGUUGCUCUUUGCCAUCGAGGAGACCGAAGGCUUCGGCCAGGAAUGAGCAGAGCGGAGCAGAGCAGAGCCAAACCUGCAACAGCCCCAGAUAAACAUGAGCCAGAGAGACAGAGAGAGAGAGAGACAGAGAGAGAGAGAGACAGAGAGAGAGAGAGACAGAGAGAGAGAGAGACAGAGAGAGAGAGAGACAGAGAGAGAGAGACGGGGGGGAUGCAGGGAGAGUGUGUGUGUGUGAAAGAGAGAUGCAUUUUGACAUCACAGCCUUCUUGUUGCCCCUUUGGCUGAGGAGGAGAUCCGGGGACAGGGAUGAGAGCUGUGCUGGAGCUCCAGGAGGAAAGGAGAGGCCUUAGGAGGGAGUUGUGUUUUUGGCGAUAUGAGCGCGGGAUGUGUCCCCGGGUGUCCUCUCCUCUCUACGCAGUUGCAUUCCUACCACCGUAGAUCUAUUAGACAUUUGCCAACAGAAAAAAAAAGAGAAGUAACAGAUUUCAACAAAACAAGAGAAAUAUUAUAAUCCGUAGCAAAUUUCCAGACAACGCACAUCCUCAGCUUAAGAAUCAUCUAUAUAGAAGAAAUGAUUGCAAAUGAACACGUUGGUGGAUGUCUGUGAAAAUUAUUGUUGUGUGAGUGUGUGUGUGUGGUGUGUGUUGUGUAUGUGUGUGUGUUAGUAUGAAAGAAAGAGAGCAAGUGAGAGAGAGAGAGAGAAAUGGAAAUUGAGUGGGAGAGCCAUUUGAAUUAGUCCCCCUUGCAUAAAGGGAUAGCCCAGUAAAUUUUUGUUUUUGUUUACUGUUGAUUGUGACUAUGCGGCGUAAUCCUGUACAUAGCUGAAGUUGAUGAGAUUUGCAUCAUGGACAGCAGAGUGAGGCCAUGAUUCUAUGAAAAGAAAAUCAUGUAUGUAAAUAUGUUGUUUGGUGUCUAAAGGAAUUCAGCUUUUCUAAAAAUCCAUUUUAGUCUCACAGUAUUAUGGUGGAAAAAAACAAGUGAUUUUAUCAAUAACUAUUAAAAGUUAUUUUGAAUGAAUAAAUGCUUCCAAUCAUG